AUGAAGCCACUGGAGAAAUUUUUGAAGAAGCAGACGUCGCAGCUGGCGGGGCGAACGGUGGCGGGAGGUCCCGGCGGGGGUCCGGGGAGCUGCGGUGGGCCUGGCGGGGGCGGGGGACCUGGUGGGGGCGGCGGUCCAGCCGGGGGACUGCGGCCGCUGCAGCGGCGUCAGAGCGUGUCUCGCCUGCUGCUCCCCGCUUUCCUCCGGGAGCCCCCCGCCGAGCCGGGGCUAGAGCCGCCCCCUGAAGAGGAAGGGGGCGAGCCGGCGGGGGUCGCAGAGGAGCUCGGCAGCGGGGGGCCCUGUUGGCUGCAGCUUGAGGAGGUGCCAGGGCCCGGGCCGCUCGGGGUGGGGGGACCCCUGCGCUCGCCUUCCUCGUACUCCUCUGACGAGCUGUCCCCCGGCGAGCCCCUGACUUCCCCGCCCUGGGCCCCCCUGGGCGCCCCCGAGCGGCCGGAGCAUCUUCUGAACCGGGUUCUGGAGCGGCUCGCUGGAGGGGCCACCAGGGACAGCGCCGCCUCAGAUAUCCUGCUGGAUGACAUCGUCCUCACCCAUUCUCUCUUCCUCCCCACGGAGAAAUUUCUGCAGGAGCUACACCAGGUCAGCUUUGUUUGGGCAGGAAGCAUGGAGGGCCCCGAGGGGCUGGGUCGGAAGCAAGCCUGUCUAGCCAUGCUCCUUCAUUUCCUGGACACCUACCAGGGGCUGCUGCAGGAGGAAGAGGGGGCCGGCCGCAUCAUCAAGGAUCUGUACCUGCUGAUUAUGAAGGAUGAGUCCCUUUACCAGGACCUUCGAGAGGACACACUGAGGCUGCACCAGCUUGUGGAAACAGUGGAGCUAAAGAUCCCAGAGGAAAGCCAGCCGCCCAGCAAGCAGGUGAAGCCACUGUUCCGCCACUUCCGCCGGAUAGACUCUUGUCUGCAGACCCGAGUGGCCUUCCGGGGCUCUGAUGAGAUCUUCUGCCGGGUCUACAUGCCUGACCACUCUUACGUGACCAUACGCAGCCGCCUCUCAGCGUCAGUGCAGGACAUUCUGGGUUCUGUGACAGAGAAAUUGCAGUACUCAGAGGAGCCUGCAGGGCGCGAGGACUCGCUCAUCCUGGUAGCUGUGGCUUCCUCCGGAGAGAAGGUCCUUCUCCAGCCGACUGAAGACUGUGUCUUCACCACGCUGGGCAUCAACAGUCACCUGUUUGCCUGCACCCGCGACAGCUAUGAGGCGCUGAUGCCCCUCCCCGAGGAGAUCCAGGUCUCCCCUGGAGACACAGAGAUCCACCGAGUGGAGCCUGAGGACGUCGCCAACCACCUUACUGCCUUCCACUGGGAGCUGUUUCGAUGUGUGCACGAGCUGGAAUUCGUGGACUACGUGUUCCACGGGGAGCGCGGCCGCCGGGAGACGGCCAACCUGGAGCUGCUGCUGCAGCGCUGCAGCGAGGUCACGCACUGGGUGGCCACCGAGGUGUUGCUGUGCGAGGCCCCGGGCAAGCGCGCGCAGCUGCUGAAGAAGUUCCUCAAGAUCGCGGCCAUCUGCAAGCAGAACCAGGACCUGCUGUCCUUCUACGCCGUGGUCAUGGGGCUGGACAACGCCGCUGUCAGCCGCCUGCGGCUCACCUGGGAGAAGCUGCCCGGGAAAUUCAAGAAUUUGUUCCGCAAAUUUGAGAACCUGACAGACCCCUGCAGGAACCACAAAAGCUACCGAGAAGUCAUCUCCAAGAUGAAACCUCCUGUGAUUCCCUUUGUGCCUCUGAUCCUCAAAGACCUGACUUUCCUGCAUGAGGGGAGUAAGACUCUUGUCGAUGGUUUGGUGAACAUUGAGAAGCUGCAUUCAGUGGCUGAAAAGGUGAGGACAAUCCGCAAAUACCGGAGCCGGCCCCUUUGCCUGGAUAUGGAGGCAUCCCCCCAUCACCUGCAGACCAAGGCCUAUGUGCGCCAGUUCCAGGUCAUCGACAACCAGAACCUCCUCUUCGAGCUCUCCUACAAGCUGGAGGCUAAUAGUCAGUGAGAACAGAGGUUCUGGUCAGUGCCCCACCAGGGUCCUUGGGCACCUGGCACUCAAGCACUUUGCACGCUAUCCCAACCCACCUCUGACAUCUUUCCCUUGGAGCAACUUCCUGCCCCUCAGGAAAGAGUCGGAUGGACUUACCACUGGGCUCAUAAGCCUGUUCAUCCUGCUGAAGUCCUCUCCCCCUUGCUCCUUCAAGCCAAAACCGCACUCUGCUGGGUCCUGCCCUCGCAGGGAUGGGGGGCAGAACACUCCUUCCUCUGCCCCCUCUCAUUGAGGUCUGUUCCAGAGAUGGAGCUUCCAACCUCCUCCUCCCACGCAGACAGGAAAGCUGCCCACGUUGUCUGUGAGACAGAGCGGAACUGUGGAAGGGAUUGGCAGCCUUCCUCUCCACCCGUG